AUGGCCGGAAAGAGGCUCGCAGACCAGACACUCUACCAUCUCUCCCCAAAGGGAUUCUGGAAGAAAUUUCGCGAUGUGAUGGUCGUAAACCCAGAAAUAUCAUCGGGUCUCCCUCUUCCAGACAAGAACAGAUAUCCUCAGCCAGGCUCGCGGCCAGAGUUGUACAGCACGCCUGCAACGAUGGCAUCUGAUGUUGCUCAAAAUCCAUACUGGAAACGAGACGUCCGAAGAGCGUACCCACAGCUCUCAGUAGUCACACAGGCAGAAUAUUCAAAGGUACUCCUUGCUUCACCACAAGGCCAGAGCAUCGCACCGCCAAAGGAGAGUUCGGAAGAAAGUGAAAAGUCGUCUGUUCCGGCUACAGAAACGAACAAGUCUCUAAGUGAGGUUCUCGAGGCCAUCAACAAGCUCCAGCCCGUCUUCUCCGAGUCGAACCUUCCUCCUACACCAAGUAUCAUCACAAAGUGGACCCCGGUCCAAGAAGAGGAUGCCCCGCAUGAUCCCAAUGCUUAUUGGCCCAUGAAACUGUACAAGUAG